AAAAAUAAAAACACCGGGGACAAAAAUGGAGCAGCAGCAAACAAUUAAUUACAAAGAACUAAUGACUUUGUUACAGCAACAGCCUUUAGCUUUUGAGGAAAAUAUCAGGAAACUGUGGUUGGAGUUACUAAUGGGUCCCAUGAAGAUAAGAAUCAGCCCCCUGAAGAUAAAAAUGAAUUCAGCGAAGAAUUGUUUGUAGAAUGCAUCAGAGAAUAUCAAUGCUUAUGGGAUACAAAAUGUAGAGGUUUUAAAGAUCAAAUAAAAAAAAUCAAGCAUGGACAGCCAUAUCAGAAACUUUUGGCGUUGACUAUCUACGCAAGGUAUGGAAAAACCUAAAAGAUAACUACACAAAAUGUAUAAAGAAAAGACUAAGAAUGUCACGAUCAGGUGCAGCAGGUGCAACACUUCCAAAAUGCAAAUUAUUUGAACAACUGUCUUUCAUGCAUGAUAAUGUUUCAAAUCGACACACAGUUAGUAAUGUUACAAAUUCAGAAGAGUCGCAAUCUGAAGCAGACCUUUUCACUCCACCCCCAAGUUCUAUGCCAGAAACAUCAAGGCAAAUCCUUAGUGCAGGCAGUACUUCGGAUGAAGGGAAACCAACAAAACGACUAAGACAGCAAAAGCAGAACUCUGAGUGGCGCCGUAGAUUAGUGGUUAUAGCUCUCGUACUCUGUGCGGGAGACCAGGGUUCGAUUCCUCUUGACGGCGAUUCAACAUGGGCGAGUGAAUGUUACCAUAGCCCCGGGUUAACCCAAGCCAUGUGAGGGAAAUUGGGAAGAUGGCAUCUAUCUAUCUAUCUAUCUAUCUAUCUAUCUA